AUGUGGAAGUUGCUGAGGCGUAUCCUUCCCUUCCCGGAUAUUCUUGAGCAUUUUGGCUUCUGUAUGCCGUCCUUCUGUCCAUUCUGCAUUGCUGCAAGUGCUAGCCUAGAGCACUGCCUCUUUCAUUGCUCCGCUGCCCAUCAAGUCUGGACUUAUUUUGGUAGAGUUUUUGGCUUAGCCCUCAACAACGCCCACUCUAUUCGUGCUGCCUGCCAUGCAUGGUGGAUUUCUGCUUCACCAGGUUCGUCACCAGAAAGUAUUCUUUUGCCAUGCCUUCUCCUGUGGUUUCUAUGGGUAACAUACAAUGACUGCAUCUUCAAUGGCGCUACCUUUUCACCUUCGGGGGUUAUUAUGCGAAUUAAACAUGAGUCCUAUCUCAUUUCGCUGGCUAACCCUCCUUACCGCAAGAAUGAUUUAGCAGCCUGCUUCCUUUCUGAAGGUAUGGUUGCCAGAUUUGCUGCUCCGCCACGAAGGACAACGAUCUGGGUGAAGUGGUUAGCACCGCCAUCGGGCAGGCUGAAACUCAACUCGGAUGCCGUCUUCACAUCGGCGGGCGCAGCAGGUGGGGCUAUUCUCAGGGAUUCCAGAGGUCUCUGCAUUGCUGGGCUUUACUUCAGAUUGGAGGCGACCUCAGUUCUUGAAGCUGAAACUUUAGCGUUGAGGAAAGCUGUUCAGUGGUGUGAAGCAAUGGCUUUGCGGCCCUCUGCCAUUGAGGUCGAUGCUCUAGAUCUUGCUCGUUUGGUUACCUCACCGGAAGCGAGGUCUCCAUGGAAAAUCGGUGACUCGAUCCUUUACAUUCGCUCCUCCCUCCUGUCUUGGGGUUCGAUGUUAACGCAUGUCUACCGGGAAGCCAACCAAGUAGCCUAUGCCCUCGCGGUGGAGGGUCUGGUUGCAAGUUCUCCCGCGGUUGUUUGCUCUUUCCUAACCUUACCUGUCAAGGCUAAAUUAGCUCUUCUGUAUGACUUCGGGGGUUUUGCUACCUGCGGGGCGAUUCGCCUUUAA